AUGGGACGUGGACCAAAGAAGCACACCAAGCGCCUUGCCGCUCCUUCGCACUGGCUUCUCGACAAACUUUCGGGAAAAUACGCUCCUAGGCCUUCCCCUGGUCCUCACAAGCUGAGAGACUGCUUGCCGCUUGUUGUCUUUAUCCGUAACAGACUCAAGUAUGCAUUGAACGCUAGGGAGGUCAAGGCCAUCGUCAUGCAGCGCCUGAUCAAGGUCGACGGAAAGGUCCGCACUGACCCCACCUACCCAGCUGGAUUCAUGGACGUCAUCACCAUCGAGAAGACCGGCGAGAACUUCCGCCUCAUCUACGACACCAAGGGACGCUUCACCAUCCACCGCAUCUCGGAGACCGAGGCCAGCUACAAGCUCUGCAAGGUCAAGCGUGUCCAGCUCGGCGCCAAGGGUAUUCCAUACCUCGUCACCCACGAUGCCCGCACCAUCCGUUACCCCGAUCCCGCCGUCAAGGUCAACGACACCGUCAAGAUCGACAUUGAGACCGGAAAGAUCACCGACUUCAUCCGCUUCGACACUGGAACUAUCGCCAUGGUCACUGGUGGUCGCAACAUGGGUCGUGUUGGUGUCAUCACCCACCGUGAGCGCCACGAUGGUGGUUUCGAUAUCGUCCACAUCAAGGACGCUAUUGACAACACCUUCGCUACCCGUCUUAGCAAUGUCUUCAUCAUCGGACAGGACAAGUCAUGGGUAUCCCUGCCCAAGGGUAAGGGUGUUAAGCUCACCAUCGCCGAGGAGAGGGACCGUCGUCGUGCCCACGCCAUUGCCGCCUAA